AUGGCGGAUCGGCAGCAGCAGCAACACGGUGACUCGCACGCCCCCGACCCAUCAACCCUCCUCCACCGCGUGCAAGCCCACGCCCCAACCUCCACCCAGAUCGUCGGGCUCCUAACCCUCCUCCUCGCCGGCGCCGCGCUGCUCCUGCUCGCGGGCCUCACCAUCACGGGCGCCGUGGUGGCGCUGGUCUUCCUCGGCCCGCUGGCCCUGCUCACCAGCCCCAUCUGGGUGCCCUUCGCGCUCGCGCUCUUCGUCGUCGGCUUCGCGGCGCUCUCCGCCGCGGGCUUCGCCGUCGCCGCGCUCGCCGCGGCCACCUGGGCCUACCGCUACUUCACGGGCCGCCACCCCGUCGGCGCCGACCAGGUGGACCGCGCCCGCAGCCGCAUCGCCGAUACCGCCAGCCACGUCAAGGACUACGCGCGCGAGUACGGCGGGUACCUCAACAACCGGGUCAAGGACGCCGCGCCCGGCGCCUAG